GUUACCUGUUCGUCGUCUGUCCUAGUUACCUGUUCGUCGUCUGUCCUAGUUACCUGUUCGUCGUCUGUCCUAGUUACCUGUUCGUCGUCUGUCCUAGUUACCUGUUCGUCGUCUGUCCUAGUUACCUGUUCGUCGUCUGUCCUAGAUACCGGCCCAUGCUUAUGGCUAAUGCAACAUUUGGACUGUUGUUCUCGUAUGUGUGUCGGCAACAUGCACCAUUUAUUUUUCUCUUCCAUUGGUGGAGAUCUUUUAAGCCAUGUUGUCCACAAAGAGCUUUUAAAACCAAGUUAUCCAAAAACAAAGAGGUUGCCUCCCCCGAGUUAUCUCCCCCCACCUGGUCCAUGCACCUGUCCCACAGGUGCACUUCUCCUCAAAGAUGCCUUCCCUGAGGCUGAGUCUAAGGAGCUGAUGCAGCGCAGACAAAAGGAGCUCCGACAACACAAAAACAGGACUGAGUCUGUGUUAUCCACACGGCUGUAUGCUCCGUCUAACUCUCCCCUGCAGUACCCUAUCCAGGGUUUCAAAGUACGACCUAUGACCCCCACCUUCAUCCCAGGUCUAGCACUGCAUGCAGCACAAAGAAGCAACUACACGGUCUCCUUGAAAGUGUCCAAAGGAGUCCUGAGCACAGUGAUUCCAGCUGAAGGAGCGCAGGUCCAAGGUAAUGGUGAGAGCCGACUGAUGAUGGAGACCAGCAGCCUGGAGGCCCUCAAUGAGCUGCUGGCUGAUGUGUCCUAUACCAGCACUGUUUACCACAUACACACCGGAGACCUCGCAUCCUUCCAGUUUGAGGACCAUGAGGCUGUGUUUCCCAUUACCAUCAAACAGCCUCAACCUCCAGUCCUGUACGACAUGGGAACAGAUAUCAACUCUCAAGUCACCAUCACCACAAAGACGUUCCUGCGCUACCCAGAACUCAAUCUGUUGUUGAAAAGCAUCCGGCAGUUCUAUAAAGACAUGGAAGUUAUCAUCGCAGAUGACAGCUUUGUAACAGAGAAGAUUACUGGAGAUCACAUCCAACAUUUCAUCAUGCCUCCAGCACAGGGCUGGUUUGCUGGCAGGAACCUGGCGGUCUCCCAGGUCACCACCAAGUACUUCCUGUGGGUGGACGAUGACUUCCUGUUUACAGAGUUGACGAAAAUCGAAGAGAUGGUGAGAGUGAUGGAGGCGAACCCUGAACUCGACGUGCUCGGCGGUAAAGUAGGAGGAAACCAGUUUUCUUUCUCUCUCAUCUAUGAGGAAGGAGACGAAACGGAAGGUGGCUGCAUGUACAGGAAGUCCAGAGGGAGGUACCACUCUCUUCCUGGUUACCCACAAUGCUCAUUGGUCAGUGGAGUGGUCAACUUCUUCCUGGCUCGUACAGAUGCCGCACAGAGGGUGGGAUUCGACCCUAAGCUCAAGAGGGUAGCACACUCAGAGUUCUUCAUGGAUGGCCUUGGCUCCUUGAUGGUGGCAACGUGUGGCCAUGUGUCCAUUGGACAUCAGAAAGCACGUGCAAACAACCACUACGGGAGGUUCAGACACCCUGGCGAUAAUGAUCGGCACUCAAGAUCGCAGCUUAACUUCUUUAAAAACCACCUGAAGUGUCUCCUCUUUGGAUAG